UGGAUUUUAAUAUUGCAAUGAGGAUGAGUACAACGCAGCCGUCGAGUCUGGGGCCGCUGAGGACGAGCAGUGGUCUUAUUGCUGUGCCGGAGACGGCCGGCGUUACUUCCCAUGUGUUGCCUGCGUUCUCUUUUAUGUUUUAACUGUUAAUUUGGAAUUUUUAUUUUAUUUUUAUUGUUUCCAGGAUGAGCAAAAGAUGCUAGCAGAGCAGGGGAGUGUGUCUUUUGCAUUUUGUGGGGAAGAGAGGGGACUGAAGUAACCGAAUCCAUUCUUUGUAAAUUUGGUAUAUUAUUCCCUCUUUUCUUAGUAGACUUUCUCAGUUCUUAAUUAAAAAUUUCAUUUAUA